CGUGUCGCCUUGAACAAUGACAGAACGUAAAUUUACCCGUGCUUUGAAUAAGCCGGGUAUGGCUGCCCAAUUGCGUGAGACGGUAUCACAGGUGGUACGAGAAAGUGCAGUUUUGAACAAACCCUUGGUGGUGGAACCCAUUGACUUUGAAGGUUUCAUAGCUAAAAAUAAAACACUAAUACAAAAUGAUUCACAUCGUGAGCUGCUUAUGUAUCCAAAUGAUGAUGUUUCAGAAAUCAUUUUACCCCGGAAAUUACGCACAAAUACCAAAUCGAUAGUAGAUAUUUUCGAACCGCCAAAUGUGGCCAUUAUUUGUCCACUACAUGGUGGUGGUGGAACAAACGGUACCAAUGGUACACACAAUGUAUCACGACAAAAUAGCAGUGCCUCCAAUAGUCCACGCAGUACACAACGUCAAAUUAGCAAUCAAUCGAACACAUCGACUGUCUCCAAUGGUUCAGCCCACAAUGGACAACUUUCACGAAAAUCAUCAACAUCACAAAAUUCAUCCCACUUAGAUUCGAUUAAAUCUCCCACAUCAUCACAUGAAUCCUAUGAAUCGGCCUUGUCAUCGCAAGCCACCCCAACUGGUGGUGCCAACCGUUCAAUAUCUUCAUCAAGUUCAACGCUGAAGUCGAGCAAUUUGGCCCAACCCGAAGAUGAUGAUGAUUUGGAAGAUGUGGAUGAGAGUACGCUGAAUAAUGGAAAUGUCGGACCCAAAUCGGAAUGUUCUCGGUUUACAAGACAGGCCUUAUAUACAUACCGGGCUAAAAAUCACAUUAUCCACUAUAAAUAUAGUGCAUAUGGUGGAACGUGUCAUGAUUUACCCAAGUUAAGUCCCCCUGAAGUCCUUCGUGAAGAGGUAUAUGAAAUUGAUGCCGAUCAGGAUCGUAUUGAUGAACAAAUGUCUCGCUCUCAAGCUGAUUCAAUUACCAAACAAGGUUAUCUUCUGAAGGGGCCGGAUUCAGGUUCAGAUCGCAUGUUUGCCAAUAUUGGUAAUAAGUCAUUUAAGCGAAGAUACUGCUACUUGAGGCAAGAAGUAGACGGCACUUAUAUAUUGGAACUGCACAAAGAUGAAAAACAAUGUGAAGCCAAAGCCACCAUAGUCAUGGACUUUUGUACUGAAGUAGUACAGAACCCCAAAAGAGGUCGCUUCUGUUUUGAAUUACGAAUGACAGCCGGGCAUAAAUCGUUCACCUUGGCCGCCGAAAAUGAAGAAGAUUUAAAAGAUUGGCUGAGUAAGCUAUCCUCAGUUCUGCAACAGAAUAAAAUACAAGAAGAUAAACGUAAUGCCUCCUUGGAAAGGACAACAACACCACAAGCACCCCAAUCGGCCGCGAGCAAUUGUAGUACCACGAGUAGUAACAGUAGUAAUAAUAGCAUAAUGUUUGGCACCCUUAAAGGUCUAGAUCAAUCGAUGAAUCCACAAUUAAUUAAAUAUGGUCGGGAAACAGAUAUUUCCAUUGCCCAGGCGAGGCGAGAACAUCGUCGUCGUUUAUUUGCCAACUAUCAGUCAACUGCCAAAGCCACUCCCAGCGAUAAUGUUGAACAAUAUCGUGAACAAUUUGGUAAACGUCUUCUCAUAAAUUGUCGUAGUUUAAAAUUCCGCCUACAAUGUCCCACGGAUAGUCAAUUCUCGGUGGAUGGUGAUCAUUUGUGCCAAGUGGAACCCUAUAUAACUAGUCUGGCCCUAUACGAUGUACGCGCAGGACGCAAACUAACCGAAUCCUUUUAUUUUAAUAUUAACGAUGAACAUGUCCGUGAUAUGUUACCCUCAAAACCAGUUCCCGAUUCUGUGGCCAACUCCAAUAUACCACGUAAAGAGACGCAAAAUGAUGAACGCACAAGGCAAACAUCUCAGGCAUUCUCAACGCUAAUCGAAAAUCUUUCAGGGGAAUUACAAAAAUGCACAAAAGAACAAUUUGCCCAAUUGCGUCAGGGUAUAUUUUCGGUGACGGCGCCACACACAGAUAUAUUUUUAGUAUUGAAAAUUGAGAAAAUAUUACAAGGUAAUAUUGUACAGGCUGUGGAACCUUAUCUCAAGGCAAAUCGUGAUCCAAAAUUUGCCCAAAAGUUACAUAAAAACAUUCGCAACUAUGCCCAAAAUAUUGGUCACUAUAGACAACCAUUUGCCUGGGCCGCUAAGCCUCUAUUUAAACCCUAUAGUCAUGAAUUGGAUACCGAGAGAAAUGAAUUUGAAUUUAACAUCUUGUAUCGCCAAGAAGUAAAUAAACUAAAAGAUGAAGAGUUAUUGAAAUUCUUGGUAGAUUAUCGUAAACCGGAAAAGUUAAGUAAACUAACCGUCAUACCAGGACAAUUGAAAUUAACCAUAGAGGAAGUGGAAAAAGUUCCAUUUUCAUUUACAAAAUCUUUAGUUCCUUUGGCCCAUAACACAACAAUGUCUUCCAAAGUGGCCAGUUUGGAAAUAACCGAAUUCCAAAGUUCUUGUGAAAGAGAUUGUCAACCAUAUACAACAUUUUGUAAUCAUUUAUUUGUGUAUCCAUUGUCUUUGCAAUUUGAUAGUCAGAAAUUGUUUUCACGAGCCCGCAACAUAACCGUUGUGGUUGAAUUACGAGAUUCCGAUAAGGAAAAUGCCAAACCAUUAAAGUGUAUUUAUGGUCGUCCUGGUCAUGAUUUUCUAGUUUCCCAUAUAGCCUGUCCUGUGCUGCAUCACAACACCACUCCGACAUGGUAUGAAGAGCUAAAGCUGCGUUUACCUUUGGGCCUAUUUCCCGAACAUCAUUUGCUGUUCUCCUUCUAUCAUGUUUCGUGUAAUUUGGGCAAAAAACGCGAUGCCUCAGCAUCGUUUGAAACACCUAUUGGUUAUGCUUGGCUGCCGUUGUUGCAAAAAGGCAAAAUUAAUUUGGAUGAACAAAUAAUACCGGUAGCAGCAUCAUUACCCGUUGGCUAUUUGAGUAUACAGCCAUUGGGUCUGGGUAAAGGGCAGAAUUGUGGACCGGAGGUACAAUGGAUCGAUAAUCAACGACCAUUAUUUGCCGUAGCCCUGCGUAUGGAUUCCACCGUGCACACAGCCGAUCAACAUCUACACAAUUUCUUUGUCCAUUGUGAGCGACUACUGGAAGGUGGUAAAACUACAGCUAUGCCUGCUGAAACAGAAACAUGUAAAAUCUUAAAAGCUGCCCAUGCCAUAGAUGUAACUACGUUAAUUAACUAUUUACCAACUCUGCUGAAUGAAUUAUUUACCCUGCUGGUACACACCCAAUCGGAAGAGGUUGGAUUGAAUAUUAUCCGCUUGCUAAUCAAUAUUAUACACAUUAUAACAGAGGAUGCUGGACGCAAGGAAUUGUUAAGUUCCUAUGUCACAUAUGUCUUCCAUGCGCCCUACUAUUCACAGAAAAUCUCACGUACGGUCCAUGGAGAGCUAUGCCGUCACUUGCCAACUAUUUUACAUCCCAACAAUACGGAUUUCUUGGUCGUACAUAAAUUCAUGAGAUUUUCAAAUAUAUUUUUCGAUUUGAUAAUUAAAAGUAUGGCUCAGCAUUUGUUGGAUACGGGACGGAUACGUAUGCUGCGUAAUGAACGUUUCCCGAAAGAGUUUCCCACAAGGGUGGAGACAUUGGUAAAGACUUUGAUACCCUACCUAAUAUCACGCUAUAAAGAUUUACCCGUGGAGACACAGUAUUUAAAUAAAUCCCUCUCACAAUUUAUACGCAAAUGCCUAACAUUUAUGGAUCGCGGAUUUGUCUUUAAACUCAUUCGCUAUUAUAUGGAACAAUUUUCUCCAGGGGAUCCUCGUGUCCUGCAAGAAUUUAAAUUUAAUUUUCUGCAAGAGAUAUGUCAACAUGAACAUUAUGUGCCAUUUAAUUUACCCUUUGUUAUGAAUCCGAAAAAUCGUCCACCCGAAAUGAUGCAACAUUUCAAUUUGACUGAAGAAUUUUGUCGCCAACAUUUCUUGUCCGGUUUGCUGUUACAGGAAUUGAAAAGUAGUCUCAAUGAAAUUGGCCAUGUGCGCCGUCAUGCUUUGAAGGUGUUGAAAAAUCUACUGGCCAAACAUGAACUGGAUGAUCGUUAUCAGAAUCGCGGACAAUUGUCACGGAUCGCUUUGCUCUAUGUUCCCUGGUUGGGCAUUGUAAUGGAUAACAUACAACGUAUCAAUGAUUUGGCAGAGGUGUGCACUCCCAAUGGUCAUGUCUAUGCUGAUUCAGCUUCGUAUACCCAACGCCUAUCAUGUUCCAGUAGUUAUGUCUUUGGAAAAGAUUCCACCUUGAAUUCAAGUACUUCGACACCAAGAGGUAAAAAUCGUGCCACUCUACACAUAGAUCAUCCUAGUCCUUUGCGAGCCUCCGUACAUAUUAAAGAAACGAAUUAUUUUGCUGCAAUUGCCACGGGUAAUAUUAUAAGCAAUGGAUGUUCCGACUCGUCACUGAAUUCCCUAAACUCGGAUUCCCAAAAUUCCCAAGACACCACUCUCGGACCCACCACAAAUGGCAAUCACACCACCGUUACGGGUGACUGUAAUGAAGUUGCCCUGCGAAAUGGCCACAAUCGUUCAAUUAGCGUUUCCCACACUCUGGUCCAGCAAAGGUUCGAUAAAUUUUCACCCUCUGAGAGUAGAGAUUUCUUGCUUGGUUUCCUGUUUGUCAUUAAGUAUUUGUCACAGGAACAAAUGAUUGGCUGGUGGCAGAAUUGCAACGAGACCGAAACCCUCAACUUCCUUAGCAUUCUAGAAUUGUGUCUGCUGCAAUUCCGCUAUGUUGGCAAAAAGAAUCUCAAUAUGAGUGAUGAUUCUAAGGAUGCCCGUGCUUUAAGGGCAGCCAAGGCUAGUACCUUGCCAGCUAGAUGCUCACCAGCCAAUUUGGAAAGUAAUGGUUCAACCCAACCUGGCAUUCAUGAAACUGGGACUUUAAAUCAUCCUCAGACACGUGAAAAUCUACUGGACGAAACGGCACGCAAUCAGAGGGCUCUCUAUGAAUCCAACUUGGCCACAGAGGUGGGUAUGAUCAUACUCGAUUGCCUGGGUCUAUUUGCUGUGCAAUUCCGUCACAAACUCAUCGAUAGUUUGAUAUUACCCAAACUGGCCCGAGUCUAUUUGAAAUUCCUGCAACUUGGUCAAUCUGAAUCGCUGUCGAAGCAUGUAUUCGCCGCCCUGCGGGCUUUCAUCAACAACUUCUCACCAGCCUUUUUCAAAGGUAAUGCCAUUCUAUGUGGUCAAAUGGUCUAUGAAUUGCUGAAGGCUUGCGAUAGUCGCUUGGUACAAAUACGCCAUGAGUCCUGCGCGGUUUUAUAUCUGCUCAUGCGUAGCAAUUUCGAAUUUAGUGGCCGUAAAGGUUUGACACGAGUUCAUCUACAAGUCAUCAUUUCGGUUUCACAAAUGAUUGGCAAUGUCAUUGGCCUCAACAAUGCCCGCUUCCAAGAAAGUCUUUCCAUAAUCAACAGUUAUGCCAACAGCGAUAAGGCCAUGAAAGGUACCGGAUUUCCAAUGGAAGUUAAAGAUCUGACACGGCGUGUGAGAACAGUACUAAUGGCCACAGCACAAAUGCAAGCCCAUCACAUGGAUCCGGAGCGACUCUUAGAACUACAAUAUUCCCUGGCGAAUUCCUAUGCCUCCACGCCUGAAUUACGGCACACAUGGUUGGUCACAAUGGCUCGGAAUCAUGAACAAAAUGGCAAUCUCUCUGAGGCCGCUUGCUGCCAUUUACACAUUGCCGCCCUUAUGUCGGAAUAUCUACGUCUCAAAGGUAGCUGUAACAUAAAAUGGGGUUCUUCGGCAUUUGCCAAAAUCUCUCGUAACAUUCAUCGUGAUGAACAGGGUCUGAAAUUGGAUGCUGGCACUCAAGAUUCACAGUAUACCGAACAAAUGCUAUUGGAACAAUUGAAACAAUGCGCCUUGUAUUUGGAUACUGCCGAGCGGUACGAAUGUUUGGGUGAACUAUAUAAAUUGAUUGUGCCCAUAUAUGAGAGAACGAGAAAUUAUAGUGAUCUGCAGGAAUCACAUGAACAUUUGGCCAAAGCAUACGCGAAAAUUAUUGAAGUUAAUCGUUCGGGUAAACGUAUGCUGGGACGUUUCUACCGGGUGGUAUUUUAUGGCAUGAUGUACUUCGAAGAGGAUCAUGCUGUUGAAUAUGUCUACAAGGAACCUAAACUUACCUCAUUGAGUGAAAUUUCAGAACGUCUAGCUAAACAAUAUAAGGAGAAAUUUGGUGCUGAUGUGGUGAAAAUGAUUAUGGAUUCGUCACCGGUUGAUGUCAACGAUUUGGAUCCGAAAUUGGCUUAUAUUCAAGUGACCCAUGUGAUACCCUUCUUUACAAAAGACGAACUCGAUCAAAGACUGAAUGAAUUUGAACAAAAUCAUGAUGUGGACACAUUCAUGUAUGAAACACCGUUUACAAAAUCUGGUGCUGCCCGAGGUUCGGUGGAAGAGCAAUGGAAACGAAAAACUAUUAUUAAAACUACCUAUUCGUUCCCAUACGUUUUGAAACGUAUACCGGUCAAAUCCAGAGAAAUUAUUGAAUUAAGUCCCAUUGAGGUGGCGAUUGAUGAAAUGCAAACGAAGGUUUCAGAAUUGGGAGAGACCAUUUUGCCACCGGCUGAUGUUAAGAAAUUGCAAUUGCGGCUGCAAGGAAGUGUGGCAGUGCAAGUUAAUGCCGGUCCCUUGGCAUAUGCCCAGGCAUUUUUGGAUCCCAAAGUUAUUAAUAAUUUCUCAGUAGAUCGGGUCGAAGAUCUUAAAGAUGUUUUCAGAGAUUUCAUUGGUGUCUGCCAUACAGCUCUGCAAUUGAAUGCCCGCAUGAUAUGCAGCGAUCAAAAGGAAUAUCACAACGCCUUGAAAGAGAAUUAUCAGAAAAUGUGUCAAGAAUUGGGUGAACUAUUGGAUGAAUCAUUUCAACCUCUUGAGGAUAGCACAAAUAAUACACAACGCAAUAGCAUGGCAUUGUUUAAUGCCAUUAGCGGAACUUCGAAUAAUUCAAGUUUUGGUUUUGCAGUUUAUUGAAAUGUUAACGCAAAACUAUAAA